AUGGAUAAAGAAGAUGAUCUUCAGGGCUUUGAAGAUCCCAUGAAUUCGCAUUUGUCGCUGUCAGGCGGACGAAGACACAGUUUCGGAGCUUCCGGCUGCUUAACUGACGAUUUCUUGGAGAGUGUGAACACGCUCAACAAGGAUAAAAGUAACUCGACAGACAGGCUGAAAAAUGCCCACGAAGAAGAAUUAAAAUUCUUUAAAACUCCACCAAGGGUCAAGAGGCAAGCCUCAAAACAAUCUAUGCCCGGUCUGCUUGCAGAUGUUUAUAAUAAAAAGACUUUGGCCUUCCAAGAUGUAUCAGAGCAUGAUGAAGACGAGGAAUCGGACGAGAACGGCAAUUUAAUUCUCAGCGAGAAGAAAAAGAGUACGUCACAUAAAAAUGAGUUGGAAGAAGAAUCAGACGAGGACGAAGGCCCAGCCUGGGACUCAAAAUUCCAGUAUUUACUCGCUCUUCUCGGCUGGGCAGUUGGUCUCGGCAAUAUUUGGCGAUUUCCCUUCUUAUGCUGGAAGCAUGGUGGCGGAGCUUUCUUGAUUCCCUAUACAGUACUACUUAUCUUCGAAGCUUUUCCCCUUUUCUUCUUGGAAUUACUUUUUGGUCAAGUGCAUCGAGUGGGUAGUGUAAAAUUAUGGUUCAAGUUUGACAAGAGGGCGCUUGGUAUUGGCUGCGCUAGUGCCGUCACAUGUCUGCUUAUCGCCCUUUACUACAACGUAAUUCUUGCCUGGGCGGCGAUCUAUCUUGGCACCUCCUUUUCAAAGAAGCUCCCUUGGACCGACUGUCCGACUAUCAACGGAACACCAGUGCAAGAAUGUGCAGAAACUAGUCCGACAGAGUACUACUACUACCGGAAUGUUCUUGACUUUUCCGGCUGGGGAGAGGAGGGCUCCAAUGACAUCGUUACGAAAGUGCUCGUCUCCAAUGUGGUUGUAUGGGGAUUGGUCUUCAUUUCUUGUGUUAAGGGCAUUUCAUCCGCAGGAAAAGCCAUUCCCGAUAUUUCGAAAGCUUUCAAAAUUGGAGCAUGGAAAGACGCAGCCAUUCAGACGUUUUUCAAUCUCGGCUUAGCGUAUGGUACAGUCAUCUCUUACAGUUCUUUCAAUCCGAGGAAGAACAACUGCCAGAAAGACGCGAUAUUUGUUGCCACAGCCAAUUAUAUUGUCUCAAUUAUCGCUUCGAUGACGGUCUUUGGAAUCGUCGGCUUCAAAGCGCUCAGCAGUACCGACCGAUGUAUCUUGGGCAAGCUCGACGACAACGAGCUUGCAACUCGAAUGUUGCCGGUAUUCGGAGUCGACGCAAUUAAUAAGACGACAAUCGAAGCAGUGACCGAUGUGAUGGAAUCGAAAUCUUACGCUGGCUUUGAAGAAUUCGCGAACUGUUCACAGAAAAUCAAACAGUCCUACUUCACUGCUGGCUCUUGUGUUACUCUAACGCUUGUUGGAGUCAUAUUUUGCCUUCGAAGCGGGAUCCAGUGGCUUGACAUCUUUGAUAGCAACGCAUCGACUAUCCCUCUUCUGGUUAUCGCAUUUCACGAAUGUAUAAUGUCGGCAGUAGUCUACGGCGUCGAAAAAAUCCGCAAAGAUAUCAAAUCGGCGCUCGACUAUAUUCCAACUGUGCAGCCGUUCUGGGAUAUUUGCUGGAAGCUUAUCUCGCCCGUUUUGCUCGGCGUUAUCAUUGGAUUUUCAUUCUAUGACCUGUUCACAGCGCCCGUCAAGGUGUCUUACUGGGACUCGGUGACAUUCACGGGGCCUGACAAGGCAAGCGCUCCUAACUUCAGUAUCUUCUGCCUCUACCUCAUUCUGUUGACUCCACUGAUGAUGAUUCCUAUCCAGUUCGUGCUCCAGACGAUCAAGCUCCGUCGUCAAAGAGCGUACAAAGAGGCUAACAACAACAAUAUCACUUAA